UCAGUGAGGCCACAAUGUAACGAUAUUUGAUGAAAAAACAAGACAAGACCAGCUGGAGCGGGAACUUUUUUUUCCCUCCGACGCUAUAAUGUUUCUGUAUCUUGUGUUGCCUCAGCUGGUUUUCUGUAACAGCACCGUGUCACAGCCUGUGUCAAACAUGUCUGUGGACUGGGUAGGAUACGGAUACGCAGCCCUGGUCGCGUCAGGAGGAGUGGUUGGUUAUGUGAAAGCAGGCAGCGUCCCAUCCCUCGCUGCUGGUCUUCUCUUCGGCGGCCUCGCAGGUUUCGGUGCCUAUCAGAUCUCCAAUGACCCCACUAAUGUUUGGGUGUCCCUCGCUACAUCAGGAGCUCUAACUGGUGUGAUGGGAAAGAGGUUCUACGGAUCCAGGAAGUUCAUGCCAGCAGGUUUGAUGGCUGGAGCAAGUCUUCUGAUGGUGGCAAAGCUUGGCGUGACAUUGCUUCAGAAACCCCAGCAGUCCUAACGGAGUGAAGAUUUUCACGUGUGCUCCAUCUUCUGUUUCAGGAGCGGCCUCUGUCAGCAUUUGUCAUUUACUGUUGAACAAUAAUAUCAUUUUGUAGAUAAAACAAUAAUGUAUAUUUGAGGAUUAAAACCGAUUACAUUGUUUAUAAAAUAGACUGGUUGUCUUGUCCUUUUUUAAUGAAUGCGACGUGAAGUUUCAUAGAUUUAUUUGUAUAAAAUGUUUACAAAAUGUUCAGUGAAUUAUUUGCAUAAUACAAAGAGGUGUGCAGUUGUUUUACAGUAUGCAGAAUUAAUUGAAGUGAUGAUUUGUGUUGGAGCUGUUACUAAGUUGUACAGAGGGAUUAGCAUUUCUGGAACCGUUAAUAAAAGACUGUUUAUGUUUUAUGAUCCGUAGUAAAACAAUACUUGACAAUCAAAACUAGAGUAAAAAA